GAUAUAGAAUAGGUCUGUGUACUUUAGCUUUCCCGUUUCAUUGCGUUUCUUUCAAGUGGAGACGAUAUACCUAGCUAGGUUUCCAAACUCUAUAUUUCGAGCGCGUUACAUUUGGAGAACUUGAUUGUCUUAUUCAUUUCCUUGGUUUUGUUUGUUUGCUCGUUUGUUCUUCUCUGGUUUAUAUAUAUAUAUAUACACAUACACACAUACACACAUAUAUCGGAUUAUUUACUGUAGGAAAUCUUGCGAAUCUUUUCGUUUCGUCAUUCGUCAUUCGUCUUAUCUUUUUUGUUCUCCUCUUGUUCAUCUGAUAUUAAACCAAAGAGUUCGGACGAAAGAAGAAGAUAAAGUCAUGUAUUCGUAUACGUCAUGGUCUAGUUUGGUGCUGCUGGCCGGCUUGUUGGGAAAGAUGGAUGCGUAUCCAACACAAUCGUUUCUUGGGAUAAGUUCUUCGGAAUCCCACUCACUCUCCACCCACCAACAAUCACAACCACAACUACCACAAACUCCCCGCACUCUCUACACAACCCCAUCUUCCUCCUCCCCAGACCUCCACUCCUCCCGCUCGGGAACUAUAAACGUUCACCCACCCUUCUCCCACUCUUCCCCAUCUUCAUCACCCCUCUCCAUCCCCUUCACCCUCACAUCCACCUGUCCUAACCUCCACCUCGACUGGACCUGUCUCACCACCGAUCUCCUCACCAAUCUCCUCUUAAUCUACCCCUCGGGCCCAACUUCUAGUCCCUACUACAGAUUCUCCCCUGGCACUCCCUCUCAAGACUCUUCUUCUCCCUCAUCCUCCCCAUCAAAAGACACCUACACCAUCUCCUCCACCAUCCUCCUCCCCACCAAACAAGAAGAAACAGAAUUCAGAUCUUCCCUCUACAUCUCCAUCAUCCCCGCAUCUCACGCAGGCGUGGCGGGAAUAUCAAAGCGGGAAUGGAGAAGUUUUGUGGGUAUGUUGCAUGGAGUCAACAAGGGAUUAAAGAGAGAAAUGAAGGGAAUGGGAUGGGGAAGCUUGGAGAUGGAGGGAGAGUUUCCUUUGCUGAAAAUUGCGAACAAGAAGGGAGGGAAUAGAGGAGCGAGGAAAGAGAAGUUGGGACCCUCAGAUAUUAUUUUCCCUUCUUCUUCUUCUUCUUCCUCCGUAUCCGAGAAAACACCAGCGUAUUCACGUGAGGUAACCAGAUCCUGGGAAGAUGAGGAACAGGAAGAAGAAAUUUCCUUCUCGUACAAAAUCACAUGGGUAUACUACGGAAUGACCAGAGACGAAAACGGAAAGAAGACACUGCGAGAAUGUACCCAGAUGCCAGGAGGCGUCGAGAUGGAUUUUGAGAGGGCAGAGCCGGGGAAGACGGUGGUUAUUGGCGAGGGGAAAGCAGGAGAAAAAGAAAAAGAAAAAGAAAAAGAGGCGAUGAGUGAGGAUAAGACAAACGAGGAAGAGGGAGAGGAGAGAUGGAAAAUCGAUUUGUAGAAUACCAACACGCUAUGUAUGGGUAGAACUCUGGAGAUUAUUAGAUGGGAUAUCGAGAUAGAACCAAAUCUCUGGAGAAGGAGUUUGGUUUGGUUUGGUUUGGCUUAGCUUGGCUUGGUUUGGUAUAUUUAUCACUGGGUUUGUGUUGUUAUAUACCUUACUAAGUAAGGGUUGAUAUGAUAUGUAUGAUGUAAUGAAUAAGAAGAAUAUGUCAAAAGCUGUCUCUGUCUUUAUCA